AUGGAGCCGGGCACCAUCGACAACCUGUCCAUCCUGUACCAGAGCCCCGACUUCAUCGUGGUGAACAAGCACUGGGACCUCCGCAUCGACAGCAAGAUGUGGUACGAGACGCUGACCCUGCAGAGCCAGCUCAAGCACCGCUUCCCCGAGCUGGCCGACCCCGACACCUACUACGGCUUCAGGUUCUGCCACCAGCUGGACUUCUCCACCAGCGGGGCCCUGUGCGUGGCGCUCAACAAGGCCGCGGCGGGAAGCGCCUACAAGUGUUUUAAGGACCGGCGCCCUCUCUCGCCGGGGUGGCCUUCCCCUGUCAGGGGCCACGUCAGCCAGAGCCGCCUGACGAUCCGCUUCGCCAUCGGGAAGAGCACGACCGAGGGCACGACCCACAUGAUGUGCAUCGAGGGGACGCAGGGCUGUGACAACCCCAAACCUUGCCAGUCGGAGCUGGUGGUGCUUGAGCACGGGUCCUACAGCGGAGACCCCGUAACCAAAGUGCUGCUGCAGCCUCUGGCAGGGCGGACUCACCAGCUCCGGGUUCACUGCAGUGCCAUCGGCCACCCCAUCGUGGGGGACUUCACCUACAGCCACAGGAAGGACAGCAGUCCCUACAGGAUGAUGCUCCACGCCUACUACCUGCGCAUCCCCGCCGGCAAGGAGCUCAUCGAGGUCUGCGCGCCCGACCCCUUCGUCACCGCCAUGGACAGCAACUGGGUGCCCCACCACAUCACUCACCAGCUGGACGAGGUCAUCCAGGAGCUGAAGGACAAAGUGGUGCAGAAGGUGGAAGAGGAGCAGAGCCAGGAGGCCGUGCCUGGUGGCAGAGAAGAGGAGGAGGCACGGAGCAAAGCCAGGAGCCCGGAGACGGAGGAGCAGCGAUCCCGGUGCGAGCAGUGGUUGGCUGAGUGGGCUUUGGAGUGA